GAACAUAGAGUAGAGCUCAGUUCAUCCACACUGAUAGUGCUAGGACUUCACCGACGACAUGGGGAAAGAGAGGAUUCACAUCAAUCUGGUCAUCAUCGGUCACGUCGACAGCGGCAAGUCGACGACCACGGGUCACCUCGUUUACAAAUGUGGCGGGGUGGACCCGAGAACCCUGGAGAAGUAUGAGAAGGCUGCGUCCCAGAUGGGCAAGGGUUCCUUCAAAUACGCAUGGGUUCUAGACAAGCUGAAAGCAGAAAGGGAGCGUGGCAUCACCAUUGACAUUUCCUUGUUAAAGUUCAACACUCAAAAGUAUGUGAUAACAAUAAUAGAUGCACCUGGCCACCGGGACUUCAUUAAGAACAUGAUUACUGGAACGUCUCAGGCCGAUGCUGCUCUUCUGGUUGUUUCUGCAGCGAAAGGAGAGUUUGAGGCAGGUGUAUCUCGUAACGGUCAGACCAGGGAGCACGCCUUGCUGGCUUACACCCUUGGGGUCAAGCAGCUCAUUGUGUGCGUCAACAAAAUGGACCUGACCGAACCACCUUUCAGCCAAAAACGUUACGAUGAGGUGGUGAAGAACGUGAUGGUCUUCAUCAAGAAGAUUGGUUACGACCCGACGGCGGUGCCUUUCGUUCCGGUGUCUGGUUGGGGUGGUGAGAACAUGCUUGCACCGUCGCAGAAGAUGGCCUGGUUCAAAGGCUGGAAGAUCAAGAGAAAGGACGGCUUUUCGAGUGGGAAAACUCUGUUGGAGGUGCUGGACUCGCUGUACCCUCCGGUCCGAACUGCUAACAAGCCCCUCCGUCUACCCCUGCAAGAUGUCUACAAAAUUGGCGGGGUUGGCACAGUUCCUGUGGGCAAGAUUGAGACUGGGAUCCUGAAGCCUGGCAUGGUUCUGACCUUCUCCCCAGCCAAGCUGACUGCAGAGGUCAAGUCCAUCGAGAUGCAUCACCAGGGGCUCCAGACUGCACUGCCUGGCCACAACGUGGGGUUCAACAUCAAGAACGUGGCUGUGAAGAAUCUAAGACGGGGGGAUGUGGCCGGUAAUGCCCAGCAAGACCCACCAUCUGAUGUCAGCAGCUUCACUGCUCAGGUGAUAAUUCUGAAUCACCCAGGCAAAAUCAAGAGUGGCUACUCUCCAGUGCUGGACUGCCACACCACCCACGUGACGUGCCGCUUUGCCGAGCUGCGGGAAAAGCUUGACCGCCGCACAGGGAAGAAGCUGGAAGACUGGCCCCAGGUCCUGGUGUCAGGAGAUGCUGCCACGGUCAAACUCGUCCCCAUCAAACCCCUUUGUGUGGAGAGUUUCUUCAGCUACCCUCCCUUAGGGCGAUUUGCUGCCCGGGACCUGAAGCAGACUGUUGCUGUAGGGGUGAUCAAGUCAGUGGAGAAGGUGGAACAAGCGAAGAAGUCUGGGCAGAAAGCUCAAGUAACAAAAUGA